AUGGACUCGAAUAUGGAUAAGUGGAUAGAGAAGUUAAGGCAAAAGAUACCAUUGGAGGAAGAUGAGCUCGUAAAAUUGUGCCAUAUAGUGAGAGAUAUACUUAUUCAAGAGUCGAAUGUUGUUCGUGUUUCCACUCCCGUAACUGUCUGUGGAGAUAUUCAUGGCCAAUACUAUGAUUUAAUGAAACUAUUUCGUAUUGGUGGUGACGUUCCAGAUACAAAAUAUAUAUUUAUGGGCGAUUAUGUCGAUCGUGGGUAUUUUAGUGUGGAGACCAUAGAGCUGCUUCUGUGCUUAAAGGCGCGUUAUCCAGACCGAAUCACAUUACUCCGUGGAAACCACGAAGGAAGACAAAUCACGCAGGUGUAUGGUUUCUAUGAUGAAUGUCUUUUGAAAUACGGAACUGUAAAUGCAUGGAAAUAUCUGUCCGAUGUUUUUGACUAUUUGAGCAUUGCCGCUCUCAUUGAUAACCGCGUCAUGUGUGUUCAUGGCGGUCUAUCCCCUUUUGUUCGAACCAUCGACCGGAUCGACACGAUCUAUCGUUUCCAGGAAAUCCCAAACGAAGGACUCUACGCCGAUCUCGUCUGGUCCGACCCUGAACAAGACAUAGAGGGUUUUCGCAGAAACUUCCGAGGAGCUGGCUGGGUGUUCGGAGAGGAUGUUUCUCUCGAGUUCAACAAGGUAAACGGCUUAGAUCUCGUAUGUCGCGCCCAUCAAAUCGCGAUGGAGGGGUAUCAGUACUUCUUCCAGCAAGCUGUGUGUACUGUGUGGUCGGCGCCCAACUAUUGCUAUCGGUCAGGAAAUUUGGCGUCGAUUUUGCAACUGGACGAGCACUUGAAUCGCGAGUUUGAGGUGUUUAACGAGGAGGAUGCGGAGAAUCGGACGGUUCCCACCAGCCAGUGUGUACGUUAUUCGCUUUAUGGGUGUUUGUUGAGAUUUAAUGAGGGAAAAGAAACGAUGAGUUGA